GAAAAACAGAAGAGGUGACUACAAUCCUGUCAGGCAUUCCUUUUCCAUUUGGUUCUUAAAGAGCCUUCUAAUUCAGGGGGCCUUUUUCAUCCAGUUAUGAAGGCCUUCAUUGUACUAGCACUCUGCUGUAGUUUUUUCUCUAGCAAAGCCAUUCCUCUUGCAUUUGAGUUUUCAGACUGUGAUGACCCUGAUGUCUUUAAAGCUGUUGAUGCAGCACUGAAGAAAUACAAUGAAGAUGAAGCAACUGGUACCCAAUUUGCUCUAUACGUGGUGAUGGAAGCCAAGAGAACUGCAGGUCCUGACCCACAGUUUUAUGUGAAAUACAGAAUACUUGAAAGCACUUGUGCCAGUGAGGAAAACAAACACUGGCAACACUGUCAUUACAGAGUAUCUGCAGAGGCUAAAACAGGAGAAUGCACAGCUCGAGUUCAUAUGAAUGAUGCUGAUAAAACAACUAAUGUUUCACAAGAGUGCAGAAUUUUCUCAGAUGUGUCAAAGAUAAGACUUACUGAGGCUCCAUGUCUUGGAUGCUUUCAUCCUAUAUCAAGUGAUGGUUCAGAAGUGUCAGAAAUUCUGAAAAAAGCCAUUCAAAAGUUUAACAAGCACAGUGAUGAACCUGCCCUUUUUAAGCUUGCGGAAAUAAAAGAAGCUAAGAGACAGGUGGUAGCUGGAUGGAACUAUGUAAUUAGAUACGAAAUUGAGGAGACUAAUUGCACCAAAGACCAAUUUCAAGAUUUAACUCCAGAAUGCAAAAUCACUUCUAGAGGUCGUGUAGCUAAAUGUGAGGCCAAAGCAUUUCAGGAUCUUCACGCAGAGAUCGUAGAUACCAUGAGUGACUGCAAGCUUCCAGUUGAAGAAACGGUAGUUGCUGCCAUUUGCCCAGGUUGUCCAAGGACUAUCCCAACUGACAGUCCAGAACUGAAGGAGCUACUGAAGGUUUCUACAGAGAAGUAUAAUUCAGAGAGCGAUGAUGACUUCUACUAUAAAGGUGGAGAAAUACAAUCAGCGACAGUUCAGGUGGUUGCAGGAAAAAAGUAUCGAGUAAAAUUUACAGUCUGGAAGACAAACUGCUCUAAGAGUGAGUUUGAGAAACUUAAUGAAGACUGUACAGCCACAUCAGACAGUGCAUCACUGUCAUGCGAUGCACAAAUUCACGUGAUCCCAUGGCAGAAUAAAAUCUAUCCCCAGGUGAACUGCUCUGAAGAGCACCAAGCGGUGUUCUAUGCAAGGAGGCCUCCUGGAUUCACACCUUUCCGGAGCACUGUCAUGCUAAGCCAGCCACAUGCAGUUUCACAGGCUGAUAAAAAAGGAGAAAGUCAAAGCCCUAGCACAGAAACAAGGAAAGACAAUGGACAGGAACCAGAAGGUGAAGGUGAACCUGAGCAUAAACACAGGCACAAGCACAGGCAUAAGCAUGGGCAUGGAGUUAAAAAGGAUCAUGACAAUGACAAAAGGCACAGGCAUGACAUUGGUUGUGGGCACAGAAGUGGCCAUGGGUGUGGGCAUAAAAAACACAGUAAAAAGAAUAAACAUAAACAUCCAAACCCCAAAUCUUCUGAGGAGUCAAAUGAAAGGGGUUUUAAUCGAAAUGAAACAUUCCCAUCAUCAUCCAGUGCUGAAAGUGCACUGGAGCUGGUUAGUACAGGGGUUGCAAGGGAGGAAACCAGUAGACCUGCAGAGCCACUAAUUGUUCCUGAUACUUCUUUAUUUAAUGGAUUGCCAGAUCGCCCAGAAUCUCCUCGCCCCAGAUGUCCUGGAAAACCAUGGAAACAACUUGUGGGCUUUCCAGCCCCUCCUAGCUUUCCCAGAGAAUUCACAAAUGAGGAUCUCUUGCCUUCUGCAGCAGGAAACAUCGAUCCAGCUACAGAAAACAACGAGAAAGACUUUGAUCUCACAGAUGCUUUAGCAUAAUUCAAACAUUGCAGGAUCCUUUUCAGAUAUGUUAUAUAGAAUAUAAGAAAAAUACCGCCUUUUGAAAUGUAUAAAAUGCAAAGAGGCAAAAGCUCAUAUUCUGUUAGCUGAAAUACUCAAGUAGGUCACCAGCACUUCUGGGGACCUAAGACCAUAUGGCAAUACUGUGCAUUUGCAUAUAUUUGCAAAUAUGUAAAUCUGUGUAACUCAUCUGCCUCAAUUUUCUAUAAGCACAAACUGAAUCACUGCAUCAAAUCUUACUGUAUUAUAUCUAAAAGAAAGAAUUUUGCAGAUUACACUAAGAAUCUUGACCAAAUAUCAGUAAAACAAGUCAAUAUAGAACAAGAGAGCCUCUCUUAGAUAUGUGAAAUAUUUUUUCUUUAAUUUACUGGAGUGGAUCAUUUAAAGAACAAAAUAAAACAAAGGAACCUUUUAACCUGGUAAUUUCUUUAAAGAAAUCAAUAUUGCUUUCAGUCUAUCACUAGUGGUUGUUGUGUUGGAUGAGAUAACAGGGACAGCUGAGAGAAUCCUAAAUAAAGCAGAUUUAUUAUUCCCUACACAUAUUAUGUUAACUACCUAGAGAAGCACCUUGAUUGCCAGAUUUUCAUUCAGCAGAGAUGAACAAAUCCUACAGAUCAGAUGACAAAAUCAUGAACUCUUGAGACACCUAAAAUCUGUGUGCCUUCUUCCAUUAUUAGGUUGUGCAUCAUUUUGAGACUGGACUGAUUUUCCUGUUUGGGGUAUCUUCCAAAGGUUGAGUUUUUGGUGCAAUGCAUUAGCUAAAAAUUAUUUUGCAAGAUAUUUCUUGCAAAAUAAAAUGUUUUCCCUUUGUAUGGAUGCGAUAACUUACUCAGCUGAAAAAACCCCAAAAACCACAAAGCAAUAAAUAAAUAAAUACUUCAAUGCCAGAUCAGUUCACAGUUGAAAUGCUACUCCAUCCUGUAAAGGGUUAGUGACAGGGUGAGGUCCUACAAAUGAUAGCACAUCACUGAUUUUGCUGUAAAAGACCACAUUACUUGAAACCUGUGGAAAUGCCCUCCACCACAGCUGCUGGGAUUGCUGUGGCAUUGAGACUUUGUACUCAACAGCUGGGAAUGGCUCCUUUUGUGUGCUGUGCUUCUACAGUUGGGGAGGAGGUAGGGGAAGUCUACUCAGAGAACGCAAAAGAGAUGGGAACAGGAUCAGGAGGUCUUGCAUAACAGGCAAGGGAUGAUCUGCAGACAGGAGACAGCUACCAAGAAAGGUCAGAAGAUACAGAAGUGGAAAUAAUAGAGGCAGGGUGGCAUGAUAGGGCUGGGGUGAGAAGAACAAAAGAAAACAGCAAAUUAGUGGUAAAAAUUGAAACAGAGUGAAUGGGAUGGAAAAGUGGGUAAAGGUACAAUUGUCAAGGAGCUAUGAAAGACAGAAACUCAAGAAGGGGGGCAAGAACAAAAAUAAGAAGCAAGAGAGGGGUCUCUGAUUGUGCAGGAGAGUCCCCAACAUAUCACAGAACAGAACUCAUACUGCCUGAGUCUAAGCAUUCCCUGACAGUGUAGGCACGCCUCCCAUUUUCAAUGCCUGGUUCCUUUUUUCUAAUUGCAUUAGAAAAUUCAUUAAAAGGUAUUGAAAAAGUAAGGAAAUCUAAAAUUAGAAACAGUGCCUGUGAGUAAAAAUUCAGCAUAGUUGUGUGCAUCUGAACUUUUUUUUACACAGUAUAACAGGCUGCCACAUAGGGAUGGAUGGAGACAGACAGAUAUCUAUAAUGACUGAUGGUAUCAGAACCAUUAUACUUCCUUUCUUUCACAAAAUAAUCAUUCACAAGUCAUAAAAAUUAGCUGGAGUCCAAUUUUAAAGAAAGAUACAGUAAUAAUAACCUCUAGAUCCAUCACUAAUCAAAUCCAGCCUUUUAAAUGCAUUCCUUUCCUUGCAGCAUAAUAUGCAAAGGCUAUCUUCUUGUUUUGACAAGAACUAAACUUACAAAGCUAUGCCAAUGAAAGCCUUGAGAGUUAUCUUUAGUUCUCUGCUUCUUUUCUUCUGAAUAUCUGAUUGGUAUGAUUUAGGCUGUAACUGAAAACUUUGUGUAUACUGAAUUACUAUCAGGAGUAUAAGCUCAAAACAGUUUUUCUUUUGAUUACAGUAGCAAUUUAAUAAUUAAUGCAAAAUUACCGUAAAAACAUAUAGAUGCAAAUAUAAGAAAAACAAAGUUUUCUUUC